UACUCUGAAGUUGACGUAUGUCGAUCACCAAUUGAUAUGUCAUCACGUUAUAACGUCUCUCUUCGGUCUUUUCAAAAAAUUUCACGAAAUCCGCACCAAGUCUUUUUACAUACUCUCAUUAUGGAUCGAUAAAAACAUGUUCUAAUUUGUAUUAAAUAUUUCCAAAUUAUCAUGUGUUCACGUAUACACAACAAACACAAGCUAGAUGUAAUUCCUUAUCAUUUGAAAUGAAUGAUCAAAUAACCGAAUAAGCAUGCGUGAUGACAUUAGAAUUGCUCUGUAGAAGAGGUGUAAAAGCAGGAUUUGAGGUACCUAUCUUAAAGAAAAAUAUUCAAGCAUGACCGCGGAGGAAGAUGAAGAGAAUGUCGUCGAGAGAGAAGUCGCUAAAGGUGAACAGGAUGACGUAUUGGAAAGGCGUCCACAAUUGGAAAGAGAGAUUAAAAAGUUGAAGCCUCGACCGAAGUUGGUAGCGUCGAAAACUGCUAAACGCAACGCGCUGCAAGUGGUCGACGGACUUGCGUCGGUACGGAUCGAGGAAUUGGCGCGACCGACGAAACAGCGCGCGUUGAUGACGUUGCGGGAGAAAGCGACGACUUUGCCGCCGAUGUUCGUGGAUAAUCUAAUCAGGAUCGUCGAGGCCGCAACCUGCUUGACUCCCGAGGAAGCCGCGCGAGUUAUCCGGCGGAAGAAACGCAAAGCGAGAAAGGCGGCAACGCGGUUUCCGCACGUGGAAAAACGGGCGGAGGAGAUCGCGAAGGACACGACGUACGAAACUCCACUGGACAGGGACGCAACAAUGUGUCAGUAUUUGCUGGCAAAGCGUUUGGUCAGGUGCAUCUUGGAGUAUAAUUGUCUGACGGAUAGGAAGGACAUUCGGGAUAUCGCGGAAGUGAUACUGAAGCGCUUGACAUUGCCUGACGAACACAUAGACGCGCAAAACGGCGAUCGGACGACGCAGCAAUUGCGUCUUCUGGCCGACGUGGUGGCCUGUUGGAUAGCCGACGUACUCGUCGAAGUCGCCAAGACUCGCGAAGAGGCCUUGAAGAAGUAUUGCGAGAAAAGGCGGAUGAAGAGGACAGACGUAGAUGACGACGUGGACUCGAAACAAAUAGCACUUGAAAUAAAGCAAAAACUUCAGCAAGAUAAUGCGGAGGAAGAAAGUGAAAGACCGAUAGAAAAAGAAGAAGAUGAACAAUUCCGGGAAACGGAAGAAAUAGAAGUUCGUGCAGAGACAAUUUGAAGUUUUUAACGGAAAAACAGACUACUCCAUCUAACGGCAAUACGCGACAUUAAGGUAAAAGUAAAUACGUACAUGUCACCGGAGAUAGGACAAAACAAACAGCGAGAAGUAAUACCGACAUUUGUAUUAAACUAUAAAGAAAAAGAAGAAACAAAAUGUAUAAAAUAUAAGAGACAGAAAAUUGUCUUAGAACAAGAGCUGUAACAAUAAAAAAAAAAAAAAA